AUGGAGCCCCCCCCCCCAUCCGCUGUCAUUGUGGCUAAACAGACGAUGACAGCAGCCCCAGAUCUGGGAAAUUACCGCGCGCUAUCUAGGAGGACGCUGAACUUUGAGACGUUGGACUCGGAGACAUGUGAAAGUAUGCGGAGCAUUCGAGCCACUCGGGGGUCAAAGGUCAGGACAAAGUGGCAGAAGACGGAGGGCCGGAGGAAGCAGAAGGGAGAGGAGAGCGAUUUUGGUCGUGUAAGAGCUCCCAAAUGGCCGCUGAGUGAAAGGUGUUCAGGGAUCAUGGAGGCCUUUGAGAGAAUGUCAAAGACGGACUGCGUCUACUCCACAGUGAACAGGCUAAAGAAGGGCUGUCGUAGCAGGGGAGUCGCUUCAGAGCAAAAGCAAGCAGAGAGGACACCAAAAGCCCCUCUGACCCCUUUAGUGGACCUGAGCAAUAAGAAGGAGGAGCAGGGGGGGGCUGGGAUGGAUCACAGGGAGACCUGGGACCCUUUGGUGAACGAGGGCGGACUCAUGGGAAGAGCCAAAAACUCCAGGUCCAGCAGAGGCACCAUCAGGGACAAGAUUUCCCUCUGGGAGGAAAAGGAAAGCCCCCAUCCACCUGUGAGCUGCGCGGCUCUGGGCCUGAGGAGGGCCGACUCCUUCCCCCGAAGCAGGGGGGACAAUCCGGGGAAAGAAAACGUAGGAAAACCGGAGGAUCCGAGGCCCUGCUCCCCGGAUGUGGCCGGGAAGAAAGACAAGCAGAGAGAAAAGCAGAGAGAAAAGCUCGAUCAGGAGAAGGAGAACCUGGAAAACCCGAGGGAUUCCAGGCCCGAUUCCCUGGCUGUGGCCGGGAAGAGAGAAAAGCUCAAUCAGGAGAAGGAAAACCUGGAAAAUCUGAGGGAUCCGAGGCCCUGCUCCCCGGCUGUGGCCGGGAAGAGAGAAAAGCAGAAAGAAAAACUCGAUCAGCAGAAGGAGAACCUGGAAAACCGGAGAGAAAAGCUCGAUCAGGAGAAGGAAAACCUGGAAAACCCGAGGGAUUCCAGGCCCUGCUCCCCGGCUGUUGCCGGGAAGAGAGAAAAGCAGAGAGAAAAGCUUGAUCAGGAGAAGGAGAACCUGGAAAACCCGAGGGAUUCCAGGCCCGAUUCCCUGGCUGUGGCCGGGAAGAGAGAAAAGCUCAAUCAGGAGAAGGAAAACCUGGAAAACCUGAGGGAUCCGAGGCCCUGCUCCCCGGCUGUGGCCGGAAAGAGAGAAAAGCAGAGAGAAAAGCUCGAUCGGGAGAAGGAGAACCUGGAAAACCGGAGAGAAAAGCUCGAUCAGGAGAAGGAAAACCUGGAAAACCAGAGGGAUUCCAGGCCCGGCUCGCCCCCGGUGAGUGAGAGGCCUCCAGUCGGGACGCUCAGGAAGGCAAAAAACCAGGAAAAGAGGGCUGUGUUCACCCUGUUCCGAAAGCUGGAGGCCAUGGGGGAGACGCCCGGGAAGAGCCCCCGGGAGCUGGGGAACUACUUCAGCCCCCCGAACAGGCCGGAAAACAAGAGGAAGGACCCGGAGAACCGGAGGAAGGACCCGGAGGUCUCAGCUCGGUGCGGGUACCAGGCGGGCGGGGAGAACCUGUACACGGAGCCCGGGUCGCCCCCCGUAAACCCCGUCCCCAAACCCAGACGCACCUUCCAGCAUCCGGCCUCCCCCCCCCCGGGGAGGGGCCCCAGGGGGGGGGGCGGGCAGAGGAACCUCCCCCCGCUGCCGUCCACCUCCUCCAAAUCCUCCUCCAAAUCCUCCUCCAAGCCUCCGUCCGGAUUCUACGGCCGACCGAAGGUCAACACCAACGGGCGUCCCUUUGAGCUGGAGGACCUCACAGAGUCCGGCAUCCCUCUGUGUCAGGAGCAUCAUUAUGAAGACAUCCUGGACUCAUCAAAGGAGAAUCCGUACGAGGACGUGGAGCUGGAGAGCCAGAGCUCUCAGCAGUCCUUACCCUCCUCUCCCGGAGCCGACAAUUCCAAGGCAUCGAGACCCGGCUUCUUCAGGCAGAACUCGGCCCGGAGCUUCAGGUUCCUGGACAUGAGGAGGGCCCCCGGUGGGGGGGGUGGGGGGGGCGGGGUCCUGGUCCCCGGUGGGGGGGGGGGCCUCCCGUCUCCACCCCAGCUCAGCCGGCCCUCCACCCCCACCGGGCCGGAGCCCAGCGGCUGGACGCCCGGGGACCCGUACAGCCGCAGGAGGAUCCCCACGGCCGUGCUGCGGAUCAACAGCAUAUUUGAGGCUCGGACCCGGAAAAAACACCUGAGACGGAUCUAUCAUUAUGCAGAGACCAGCUCUGGGAGAGUCACCGAUGAAAACAGCGACUCCGAGAGUGAAAUCGAGGAGAGAUCCAAAGUCCACCGGCAGCGGCUGGUGUCGGUCCGGUCCAUCCUGAGCCAGCCGGGCCCGGCUCGGCUCCACUACAACGGGUCCAGCCCCCCCCGGGAUCAGGAGCUGCACCAGCGGAAGCUGUUUGAAUACUUCCUGGUCGUGUCUCUCCAGAAGUCCAAGGCUGGCAGCCACUACCUGCCCGAGGUCACCCAGCAGUUUCCCCCCAAGCUGGAGAGGAGCUUUAAGUUCAUGAGGGAGACGGAGGAUCAGCUGAGGAUCAUCCCUCAGUUCUGCUUCCCGGAUGCAAAAGACUGGGAGCCAGUGGAGACCUUUCCCAGCGAGAUGUUCUCCUUCGUUCUGACCGGAGAGGACGGCAGCAGGAGGUUCGGGUACUGCCGCCGUUUACUGCCCAGUGGAAAAGGCCGGCGUCUGCCAGAGGUCUAUUGCAUCGUGAGCCACCUCGGCUGCUUUAACCUGUUCUCUAAGGUGCUGGACGAGGUGGAGAGGCGCAGGGCCCUGUCCCCGGCCCUAGUCCAGCCCUUUAUGAGGGCCAUCAUGGAGGCCCACACACUGUCCCAGUGCUGCCACGCGGUGGUGGCGCUGCUCUACCCCUUCGUGUGGCAGCACACCUACAUCCCCGUGCUGCCCGCCGCCAUGCUGGACAUCGCCUGCACGCCCACGCCGUUCAUCGUGGGGCUGCUGUCCGGAGCCCUGCCCCAGCUCAGCCAGCUGCCCCUGGAGGAGGUUCUGGUGGUGGAUCUGGGCAACAGCCGGCUGCUCAGACAGGUGGGACUUAGCUUUCCUCUUUUUAAAUGUAAAUAUAAAACUCCGGGCAAAACCAUCAACAUCAAGACUUUCCUGCCUGGGUCAGGCACCGAGGUGAUGGAGCUCUGCCGGCCCCCGGACUCCCGCCUGGAGCACGUGGACUUCUCCUGCCUGUUCUCCUGCCUGAGCCUGAGGCUGCUGCUGCGGGUGUUCGGCUCCCUGCUGCUGGAGAGACGGGUCAUUUUCAUAGCAGACAAGCUCAGGCUGGAGGGGAGUCUGUCUGGAGCCUGCAGAGAGGACGUGAACAAACACAGGCCGGUGGUUCUGGAUUCUUUGUCAGUCUGCUUUCAGGGUGGUCUGCUCAGACUCAUCUCUCCUCAUGAGGCGUGCACGCACGCGAGCGCUCUGAGUGAGUUCUGCCCGUCUAAGAUGUAG